UUAGAGCCUCUAAGUUGCUGAGGCUGGUCUAGGAUUUGUGAUCCUCCUGCCUCAGCCUCUCAAAUCACAGAGAUUACAGGUGUGUGCCACCAUGUCCAGCCUCUCAGUAUAAAUUUUAACAACAGUUUGUUGAUAUCCACAAUAGCUUGCUAAUAUUUUGUUUGGGAUUAUGUUGAAUUUAGAGAUGAAGUUGGAAGAACUGACAUGUUGUUUGUCACAUCCUGAGCAACAGUUUAUUUACAGGUAACCAAACUGGUUGAUAAGGGGAUUAGGAAAAAAACAGACACAAAAGUAAAGAAAAAGCUAGGGCUUUUCGGUCCAGUCUGCUUCUGGUGGAGGAAGACUGACCAUGAGCAAGCUUGCACGUUUACUAUAUAGGUUUAAACUUCAGAAGGAUUUAUUGUGAGAAAGCUUCUUCAAGAGAAACAAAACCAGGGGCCUUGUUGUGGCUCAGUGGUUGAGCACUUGCCUAGCGUGCACGAGGCACUGGGUUCGAUCCCUGGCACCACGUAAAAAUAAAAACAACUAAAAUACAGGUAUUGAGUCCAUCUACAACUUUAAAAAAUUAUAAGAUAAACAAAACUGAAGCUGACGGUAAAAGCAGCCCAAUUAGAACUCUACCUCCAGGCAGCAGACAUUUGAACCCAAAGUUUUGAAAUAAUAAAACUCCUUGGCUAACAAAGAAUUUCCCUUUGAACAGGGCAUCACUAUACAACUGGGCAGUUUUCUGUCAGGACCUUUGCACUGAGAAAUUCCCUUGUCUCAAGAGAGAUGUUGCCUCUCUCUUUGGGCAGUUCAGAGACCCAUAAUUCAUUUGUUACUCCUGAUAAUUGAUAGUAUUGAGUCUUCCUAUCCAUCAAUAUGGAAUAUCUAUUUAUUUAGUUGAUUUCUUUCAUCAGAGUUUUAUAAUUUUCCCUGUAUAGAUUUUGUACCGAUUUUGUUAGAUUCAUACCUUCGGAUUUCAUUUUUUGUGGGUGUUAAUAUAAAUAAUAUGUUUUAACUUCAAAUUCCAUUUGUUCAUUGCUGAUGUAUAGGAAAAUAUUGACUUUUGAAUGUUCAUUUUGUAUCUUGCAACCUUGCUAUAAUUACUAUUAGUUCCAGAUUUUUGUUGAUUGUCUUAAAUUUUUUACAUAGAAAAAUAUGCCAUCCAUUAACAGAAACAGUUUUGUUUCUUCCUUCCCAAUCACAGUACUAUUUGUUUAUGUAUUGUCUUAUCGAAUUAACUAGCAUUUCUAGGACAAUGUUGGAAAAAGUAUUGAGAGGAGACAUCCUUAUUUUUUUUCUGACUUUAGUGGAAAAGCUUCCAGUUUCUCACCAUUAAAUAUAAUGUUAGCUGUAGGUUUUUUGUAGAUGUCUUUUAACAAGUUGAGGAAGUUCCCCUUUAUUCCUAAUUUGCAUUUUUUUUUCCUUUUUAAGGCUGAAUAAUAUGUGGUAUGUAUGUACCACAUUUUGUUUCCCAAUCACCCGUUGAUGGACACUUGGGUAGCUUCCACCUUUUGGCUAUUGUGAAUAAUGCUGCUAUGAACAUGGGUAUACAAAUCUCUCUUUGAGACCCUGCUUCCAAUUCUUCUGGUAGAUCUUCAUGGAGGAACACGGAGUGACUCAAACUGAACACAUGGCUACCAUAGAAGCCCAUGCAGUGGCCCAACAAGUACAACAGGUCCACGUGGCUACUUACACUGAACACAGUAUGCUAAGUGCUGAUGAAGACUCCCCUUCUUCUCCUGAGGACACCUCUUAUGAUGAUUCAGAUAUUCUCAACUCGACGGCGGCUGAUGAGGUUACAGCCCAUCUGGCUGCUGCAGGUCCUGUGGGAAUGGCUGCUGCUGCUGCUGUGGCAACAGGGAAGAAACGGAAACGGCCUCAUGUGUUUGAGUCUAAUCCAUCUAUCCGGAAGAGACAGCAAACACGUUUGCUUCGGAAACUUCGAGCCACAUUAGAUGAAUAUACAACUCGAGUGGGACAGCAAGCUAUUGUCCUUUGUAUCUCACCCUCCAAACCCAACCCCGUUUUUAAAGUGUUUGGUGCAGCACCUUUGGAGAAUGUGGUGCGAAAGUACAAGAGCAUGAUCCUGGAAGACUUGGAGUCUGCUCUGGCAGAACACGCCCCUGCACCACAGGAGGUUAAUUCAGAACUGCCACCUCUCACCAUCGAUGGGAUCCCAGUCUCUGUGGACAAAAUGACCCAGGCCCAGCUUCGGGCAUUUAUCCCAGAGAUGCUCAAGUACUCCACAGGUCGGGGAAAACCAGGCUGGGGGAAAGAAAGCUGCAAGCCUAUCUGGUGGCCUGAAGAUAUCCCAUGGGCAAAUGUCCGGAGUGACGUCCGCACAGAAGAGCAAAAGCAGAGGGUUUCAUGGACACAAGCACUACGGACCAUAGUUAAAAACUGUUAUAAACAGCAUGGGCGGGAGGAUCUUUUAUAUGCUUUUGAAGAUCAACAAACACAGGCUACUACCACACACAGUAUAGCCCAUCUUGUACCAUCACAGACUGUAGUGCAGACCUUUAGCAACCCUGAUGGCACUGUCUCACUCAUCCAGGUUGGUACAGGGGCAACAGUGGCCACAUUGGCUGAUGCUUCAGAACUGCCAACCACAGUCACUGUUGCCCAAGUGAAUUAUUCUGCUGUGGCUGAUGGAGAGGUGGAACAAAAUUGGGCCACAUUACAGGGAGGAGAAAUGACCAUCCAGACGACGCAAGCAUCAGAGGCAACACAGGCGGUAGCGUCGUUGGCAGAGGCCGCAGUGGCAGCUUCACAGGAAAUGCAACAGGGAGCUACUGUCACCAUGGCACUCAACAGUGAAGCUGCCGCUCAUGCUGUCGCCACCCUGGCUGAAGCCACCUUACAAGGCGGGGGACAGAUCGUCCUGUCUGGGGAAACCGCAGCAGCCGUUGGAGCACUUACUGGAGUCCAAGAUGCUAAUGGCCUCUUUAUGGCAGACUGUGGAGGUUGCAAGUGGAUCCUGACAAGAAGGCCGCAGGUGGGCCUGGUCCAGAUCCCUGUGAGUAUGUACCAGACUGUGGUAACCAGCCUCGCCCAGGGCAACGGACCAGUGCAGGUGGCCAUGGCACCUGUGACCACCAGGAUAUCGGACAGCACAGUCACCAUGGACGGCCAGGCUGUGGAGGUGGUGACAUUGGAACAGUGACAUGCAGCCGUAUCAUGGCAUCAUUUUCUAGUCUACUUCAAAAUUUUUUACACGUUUGCAGAGGUGCAAUCAAAUGGAAUUAAGUCUCACGACUUUGGAAGAAAAGUUUUGUUAACCUUUUUUUUUUAAAAAGGAAGAAAGGCAGCAGAUUUUGGAAUUGCAUUUUUUUAAAGCACCACUCUUGAUUUUCUGGGAUUGGUGGAGUAAGAAACUGCAUUGUCAAUUUCACUGUCCCAAAAAAGCCAAAUUAUGGCAGGACUUCUUUCUGCGGAAACGUGUGUAUACUUAUGUGUGUGUAUGUGUGAGUGUGAAUAUAUGUAUAUGUGUACAUAUGGACAUACACAUUUACAUAUAUAUAUAUAAAGUAUAUAUAUACAUACAUAUAUAUGUAUAUAUAUGUAUGAAACCCGCAUGGAAUUAUCUGUAUGAAAUCAAGGUGAGCUGUGGAAACAAUUAUCCACCCAGUUUAGUGGGUGGUAGGGUACGUGGCCAGAUACAGUCACCUGGUUUUUGUUCAUACCAGGGUUAUUCGUUGAGCUACUGACAAACUCAGGCAGAGGUGACCAUGCCCUUCACCAAAGCUGCCUCCCAGUGGCCGCUCAGAACUUCCCUGCUGGACUCACUUGAGGAAGGAGGUUCCAAGAUGCAGUGGGAUCCAGAAAGUACUUGCAAGGUCCAGGGAUCUCAUGGUCCGCCAGCUGAGACACUCCUCGGGCUGGCCCAGGUGCUGACCUUGCCACAGGCAGGUGAAUGUCCUGAAGCUCCCACCAGGGACAUAAGGGUUUUUCUCAGCUUCCCAUCUCCUCCAUAUCCCAGGAAUCCUCCUUGAUCUUAUGACCAUUAAAGAGUUGCUUUGGUCUUACGGUCAGUCCUGAAUUGGUCAUGUAUAUGAACUGAAGGUAACAGAAGUAUUAAGGGUCUGAGGAGUGCGUGCUAAGCGUGCUUGUGGGUGUGCGCGUGCAUGGUAGGGGAGAGAAUGGGAAGAGGUGGAGGAGCUAGAAGGGAAAGGAGGAAGGGAUAAAGUCUUCAUAGACCAGGGUACACCAAUGGGAGCCAUUUCUUUUCCUCUAGUUGUCAUUUCUCUGCAAUGAAAAGGGACACCUGGCUCAGGAAGGGUGGCCAUCACAAUGGGAUGUGUCAGAAGAGAAAGGGUCUUCAUACCUGGAUCUGGCCCUGCUCUGGGAGUGGUUCUAAGAGGCCCAUUUUCCCAGCUGCAUCCUAGUGGCCCAGGCCCUGUGUGGCCCUCCUGCUCACAAGUGUGGAUUGGUCUGGAUGUUAUUUGUCAGUUAAAUUCUGUGCUUCCCUAGCUGCAAGCCCUGAGUCUCCUGUGGCUACAUUCACCUGACUUUUUGACAGGCCAAAUCCCUGCUCCUUGAGUAUAGGGACAACUCUUCCUUCCCCCUCCCAUGUCCCCCCAUGUGUGAUAGUGUAUUUAAUGUUUUUUUUUAAAGCAACAUUAAAAGAUUCUUCAUGUCUUGCUCAGCCUUUGAGAAAAGUUUCAGAUUCUUGUAUUUGCUUGUUUUAUAUAAAACUAUCCAAUGUUCUUUGUAUGUUCUUUUCUGUACGUAAUGGGUGGGAGGGAGGGAAGGGAAAUUUACAUAUGAACGGUCCUAGUUCUAAUUUGUUAUUUUUUUAAUUAUUAUUUUUUAUCAUCAUUGUGAAGCUGUCCAGGGGCUUUAAAGUCCGUGUACCUUUGUGGUGAGAUAACUUCCUAAUAGUUUGAAAAAUUGCCAAGAAGAAAAAAGCAAAACCCCAGUAGCAGAGCAUGGAUUCUGUGUUGUUUUCCAUUCUGUCUAUACUGCCUCAUUCAAUAAAUAGUUAAAAAUGUGGCAACAGGAA